AUUUUGGCAUUUUCCUCUUGUACAAAGGUUCCAACUUUUGGUUUGGUGCCUUGUGGUCACCCUAGAAAGCCAGUGGCCAGAGACCAAGCGGUGUGAGUGAGUGCUUUCUCCUUGUUUGUUCUCUGCUCUUAUUCUCUCUCUGUCUCUCCACACUUUCAUCUUCGACUCUGAUGGCGAGCCUGUGGCGCGCGGCGACCGGCAUGUCUGACAAUUCCACCGACUACGACGGCGUCGAGUUCUGGUCCAACCCUGAGCGAACCGGCUGGCUAACCAAGCAAGGCGAGUACAUCAAGACUUGGCGUCGCCGUUGGUUCGUCCUUAAACAGGGCAAACUCUUCUGGUUCAAGGAUUCCGCCGUUACACGCGCCUCUCGGCCACGCGGCGUCGUCCCCGUCGCCACGUGUCUCACUGUCAAAGGCGCCGAAGACAUCCUUAACAAGCCCAACGCCUUCGAGCUUUCCACGCGCUCCGACACUAUGUACUUCAUCGCUGAUUCCGAGAAGGAGAAGGAAGACUGGAUCAACUCCAUCGGUCGCUCCAUCGUCCAGCACUCCAGAUCCGUCACCGAUUCCGAGAUCGUCGAUUAUGAUAGCAACUCCGGAAAGCGCUGACCACGACCUCUGCAAUUCACUUGCCUCUUUCG